AUGCACAAUCAGCAUCUGAGGAACAUCUAUCUUCUAAAAACAAACAUCCCUGAAUACCCUCAACCCGAGUUUCACGUGUCCAGUCUGAAACAUGACACACAGCACGGAGGGUUAUUGAGGAUCUGGAAGGACGAAGGCUUCAAGGAUCCUCACAGAGGCCUGAAGGAUGCAGAUGGCCUGUCCCUGGUGUGGUGGAGUCUGGCUGUGGGCCCCCAGGAGAUCCAGUCAGCUGAGACCAGGCUCCUCGACAGGUUCUACCCAAACCGGAUGGAGCAGCCAGUGAACAGGAUGUUACCCAAUCAGAACUUCCUCUGGAAGUUUGCCUCCUCUCCAGCCUUCAGUGAGAAGUCCAGAUUUGGAUCGUACCGCUUCACUUUCCCCCUCCAGGAGGUGGUGAACGCCUACAGCCAGCAGUUUUGCUCCGGAGCUCCGCCCAUGAUAAGGGUGUUCAAGACCUCCCUGUGCAAACAGGAAGUGCAGUACUCUGUGCUGGUCCACAGCCCGGCCUCUGAGCUCUUCUCAGAGUAUCCUCUGCUUGCUUAUGAUGACCCGAACGCCAUCUUCACCUACAGAGACGGACACUUCAUCUGGAGGUCACAGGCCAUGUGCGAGACACACAGUUGGAAAUUGAUCCAAAAACCGGACAUAAAACGGAUGGAGAUUGACUAUCUAAGUUCUUUUGAACGUCAGACUUAUGUCUGGGAUAAUGUCGCCAUCGCCCUGCACGUGGAUCAUGGACAGGUGCUGAAGUUUGACUGUAAUCGACUGAGAGCAAACCUCACGUACUGUGAGAAACCUACACAGGAUGUUCCACCUGGAAUCCAGUAUGACAGUUUUGAAGAUGCUAAAUCACUGGUUGGACAUUUGUGGCCUGAUGCAGGCUUCCCGCUGGAGAAGGAGCCUUCACUCAAACUCAUUUUCUAA